AAUAUUUUUGGUCCUGCUGGGGUGUGGGAGCAGAACUAAACCGUUGGUUCUAAACAUGGAUUAUUGCAUCAUAAUGGGCUGGACUGUUGAAAGGCUGAACACCUGUUUUUUAUAUCAUUUUCACCUCAACCAUACAGCCAAUGCUUUUAUGGAUUAACUGCCAAUUCUCUAACUUGCCAUUUUAUUCAGAAUAUGCACAGACUUUGCGGAUCAGCUCGGCCCUCAACAUCCAGGGGCCGGACCAUGAUCUGCCCGCCUGCCCCCGCACCCACUUUGAUGGCCUCCAAGGACAGAUCAGAAGGCAGCCUGACCAGCCAAGGAUCCAGUACAAGCCCUGAUGACUCCCUGGCCUUCGGUGCUCACCCAAGGUCUGGCCAAACUGUUACCCGCUACAGGAGGGUACCAUCUCUGGUGUUGUGGAACAAUCAGUCUGGUAAUCCCCAGACCAGGUCGGCCCAGUCAGUGUCCUCUGGCAGGUUCUCAGAACUGGCUCUUGCCCGCCUCCAUGAGGAGACCAAACAAGAGGAAGAGUCUCUCCAGAGGCUGAGUAAUGAGCUGGCUGUGGAUUCUGCACCUAAGAAGGCCAAAAGGUCCCUCUUUAACCGGCUUAAAACCUACUUUAACAAAAAGAGCCAAAACAAGGUGGAUGUGCUUCCAUCUCUGGAGAGCCACACGGUGGAUCUCCCACCGGCCCAAAAUCCUUGGGUGACCCUCAAGGACGGGCCAAGAUGCACCCGCCUUAUCAGGGUACUCCCCUGUCCUGCCCAGGACGUGGACAUGGAGAGAAAAGGCUCCCGUAAGAUCUGUGCCCAAUCCGGAGCCUCACGUGUCUCUAAACAGACCCUGGCCAGCAUCCCUGAGGAGACUCUCCAGGAGUUGAUAGAUGAGCUGUCCUGGGAUGUUGAGGUCCAACACGCCAGGAAGUCCCCAUGGCAACGUUUGCAGUCCUCCUUCCAGAGGAAGAAGAGCCACACCCCUGAUGAAGUGGGAGACAUGACCAUUGAAUGCUGCUUCCCCUACCUGCAUUUCCUGCAAUUGCUCUUAAAAUAAUUUACAUUCCAGUCAAUUUAUGAAGGAGGGAGGAGCCAUGUGUUGCGUCCAAAAGUGGGAAAGCCUUGGUCUGGCCAAGACACUGGGGUCCUCGCCAAGCUACAGGCAUCGUCCGACUUCAGCGCCGAUCUGUUCAAACACAGAGGUCAAAGAACAGCUCACCAGGUCAAACCCUGCAGAUCUGCAUGCGCCCCAGAGAAAUGAGGCCCGUUGGUGGAGAUUAGGACUCACAGAUAAUUCCUGCCAGUUGCCAGCAGUGGGAUGACCAACGGUACUGGACAUACCUCACCUCCUUCCCAGAGCAAGACAGCCCGACAGGUGAACCCCCUUCCAUCCCUGCCUAAAGAGGUCACCAUUGAGAAGUACUCUGGACUGUGGCUGAGACGGCCACGGGUGUCCUCCACGAAGAUGGAUUGUAAGAUGGCCGACUGCAGGCUGAUCCGUCUCUCUCAGUUGCCUGAGCGCCUGCUCAGGGAGAAGCUGGAAGGGAGCGACUGGGUCUCCUCUGCCGUGUUGUUCAGCAUAGUCACGCCGCAGAGCAACAGCAGUGUAAAAACAGCACCAACUGUUUGACCUUCACCUGAAACAACUGAGGGUAAGACAUUCAGCAUCUGGUCGUUGUCUGACCUCCAUGACUUGGAAGUAUGAGUAUCUUACUUCCUGUUUGGUGAAGUGCAUAAGGAGCACUGGAAGACUGAGCCUGGCACCGUGUUGGGAAUCCUUAACCCCAUGAGGCCUAUAGAUGGAUUUGACGGGUAUAAGAUGAGUUCCCAGCAUGCCGAGCUGCAGUCGUCUUUCUCUGGGAAGGUCAAGGGGAAGACCAACAACCUGAAUGAACGACUCUGUCAGACAGGUUUCUACUAUAGCGGCCUCUCCUCGACAGCCAGUUUGGCUAGGUCUUCAUCUGGCUCCAAGAAGCCCACCCAGACCACCCUGGGGAACCUGUUUGUGAAGGGGGCCAACCAGCUGUCCAGCCAGGCCAGGAGACUGGCCUUGGUGUCUGACGAUGUGACUGGCCACUCAGAUCACUUCAUGGACCUGUUGUCCUUGCUGACCCUGGGAGCCCCUCACCAAACCCUCAGUCUUCCCUCCCUCACUCCCCCGGGGUCCGUAGGCUUGGCCGCUGCAGGGGUCCAGUCUAUUUUGGCCUCGGACCUCCUGAAACGACAGUAGCAGAAGCAGCUACUGGAGAACCGUCGGCGGAGAGCGGAUGAGAUCCUGCAGAGAGUACUCCUGAACUCAGCUAGUGCUGGGGUCCCCAGGGCCUGUCCCCCAGCCCGGGGGUCUCCACUGCCCCCGAAUGUUGCCUCAGAGGUCCCCAGGACCACCCAGAGCCCCGCUUCCCCCAACACCCCACACUGGGGAAGGGCUUCAAAGAUGGGGAGAAUAUCUUUUUUUUGACGUCACUCUUCUCCCUUCCCCAGCAGCACUAAGCCUAUCAGCUGCCAAAUUGGCUGCUCUGAAGACGCUGAGAAUGAAGGUGUCUGGGCUGACCAGGGAAGACCCCAACUCUGUGAAGAGGAAGAGGAGCAACAGUAGGGCCCUCAUCGUCUGAGUGCAGAAGAAUCUGUCCUCAACCAGUGCCUGCGGUCGAGGAAGAAGAGCCCACCCUAGACAAAAGGCUGGAACAAAUGGACUACAUCCAAUCAGAGGAGUUCCAGAAGAUCCUCAACAUUAAGUCCCACUAUGGGUCAGAACUACAGGCAGUAAGCCAGCCAUGCAUUAACCACAUGAGACGCUCUGAGAGUUCUUAGCAAGACCAAGCUACUACAAAUACUACUACUACAAAUACCACUACUAUUACUACUACUACCAACACCACUACUACCACUCCUAUUACU